CAUGGUGCACCUCUCCGCUCCCCCGUACACUUCGUUCCAGUCUGGAGUAAACAAACCUUGACUGUCGGUGUUCUUUUUGUUCCUAUUACAAAAAGUUUUAGAGAGUGGCGUGAUGAUAGAAAUAUGUACGGACUACACUUAACCCAGCGGCCCCCUUCCUGAUUUACACUUUUUGGUUUUGGACCUAAAUGGAAAGUCAAGUCUGCAUCUCGCAUGCCAUGUGGGUAUAGAAGCUCGGAGGAGGUGCCAUGUUAGCCACACACACGCCAGACACGACGCAGCAGGGUGAACAUGUCAAACAGAUUAAAGAGAAGCUGGCGCAGUCGCUCAAGGCCCUGCAGAGGCGCUACGUGACGUCGGACGCGGUGGUCACCAGCGAGGACGGCGACGCCAACCUGCUGUGCUCCGCCCUGGAGGCCAUCUUCGUCCACGGCAUCAAGAGCAAGUACAUCCGCUGGGAGGCCGGCGGCCGUGGCCGGAAAGAUGGUCGCGGACCCCUCCCGCAGCCUUUCUUCUGGAGCCUUCUUAAGACCGUCACCCAUCGCGAUGUGAUCAUCGAGCUGGAGAAAAUCAACUUUGUGGGCACGGACGUGGGACGGUGCCGCGCGUGGCUGCGUCUGGCCCUCAACCAUGGCCUCCUGGAGUGCUACCUGGUGUCGCUGUUCAGGGAGAGCUCGAAGUUGCGCGCGCACUACCAGCCCGGCGCCCUGCUCCUCAACGGCGAGGAGCGCGAGGUGCUGCUCAGCUACCUGCAGGGUCUGGCCUCGCUCACCUUCAACCUCUCGUACAAGUCGGCCGUCCUCAAUCAGUGGACCACCACGCCGCUCAGCCUCGCCGGACUCUGCGCCCCGUGCCCGGCCGACUCUCCGGACCCACCCGUCAACGGAACGGUCGAACGGCCCGCGUGCAAAGACGCGUGGGAUGCGGUGUCGCAGUCGUCGGGAUCGUCCGACGCCGGGCCGCAGGUCUUGAGGGCUUCCCGCGGGUCCCGCGGGGUCACCAGAGGACUCAACUCGUCCACGCUGAGCCUCGACACCACAGGCUCCUCCCAGCUCUCCUCCAGCUUGAGCUCAGACAGCCUUCUACAGGGGCAAGACCUGCGCAGCCCCGCGGGGGAGCAGUGGUCCUCUUGCGACAUCAGCGGCAGCACCAAGGCGCCCCAGAAAGCGUCACCUCCCGAGCUCCAGGACAACGGAAAUUCCAGUCAGGAUUCCAUGCGCGAGGACUCCUUUGUCUCCAGCUCUGGCGCCGAUCACUUCUCCGACAGCGACCAGCCGCCCAGUUGUGCUAUCUCGGACACAGCGCCACCACCACCUCCGCCGCUCGCCGAGCUGCCUUCGCCCCCCCGGAAUCAUGUUGACCGUGCGCAGCCUGCCAUUUUGACAGACCUGGAGAAGGCCGAGCUGGACCUCGGAGAGAAAGGAGCCGAGAGCGUCCCGAACAGGGAGCUGCCAUCAGAUUCCCUCAUGCGUUCUCGCGCCUGGAUUUCUGACGAAGACAUCUACAAGCCUCGUGUGGACGAGGAAUCAGACCUUGAGUUGCCACGGUCACCUCCUCCCCCUCUUGCUCCAGCUCCUCCUCCUCCUCCUCCUGCAGACUCGCAGUCGCCACCUAGUGUUGUGCAUCGCCGUCAAAUAGGCCUCUCCAACCCCUUCCGAGGCUUGCUGAAGCUCGGCCACCUGGAGCGCCGCGGCGCCAUGGGAAUGUGGCGGGACCACUACUGCGAGCUGUCUCCUUUCGAGUUCCGCCUCUACCUCAACGCUGAGGAGCGCAGCUGCUGCGACAACUGCUCCCUGCUGCGGUGCGAGGACGCCCGCCUGGCCUCGUCCGAUGGCCGCUUCGAGCUGGCCUUCCCCGGUAAGCGUCUCCACCUGCGCGCCGCCAACCAGGACGAGGCGGAGGACUGGCUGGACCGCAUUGUGGAGGCGGUCAACAAGUGCAGGCCCGUAUCCUGCGUGGAUGAGCAGUGGGAGAUUCUGGAGCUACCCAGUGAGAACUGCGCGGAUGACAGCAGCGUCUUCUUCCCGUGCUCCGCCUCUUGCAGCCCCGAGCGAUGCUGCUCGCCUUCUCCGCUUCAGGAAUUCAACUGGACUCGCACAGCGGAUUUGGAAAGGGACUCCAUCAAGGAAGCGGUGCUCUAUUGUUGUUUGGACGCUGACGUUCGCUUGUGGAUGCCUCUCGUCUUCUCGCUCUCCCUGGAGGCCUUGAAAGGCUUCCGGGUGCAAGAAGGAAAGAAGUUGCUGCGGAUGACGUUCCCCAUCCAGGAAGUACGGGACGUGGUGCCCGACGUCGCGCUGGGCGGACCUGACUUUUUUAAACUCCUGACGCUCAGCGAGACGCUCCGACUGCGGGCGGAAUGUGCGGAGGAGGCUCACUCCUGGAGGGCCCUGAUCCGUGGGGCUCUGGACUCGUACUUGGAAAGUGGGGAGGAGGCGGCCGCUGUUGGCCGGGGUGGCGGCGGAAACCUGCACAGACUGGUUCAGCACAGACUCAAAGAAGACGGACCGCUCCUGGUACAUUUGUGCACUGUGCCCUCGCAGAAGGGACUGGACACGCAGAGCUUCAAAUGUGCAGGCUGCUCCCAGCAGAUCGGCCCUUCGUUGGGACGAGCCCGUCUGUGCGAGUUCUCUGGCCAGUACUACUGCGACUCCUGUCACCACGGCGACACCACCGUCAUUCCUUCGCGCAUGCUGCACAACUGGGACCUCAAUAAACGCGAGGUGUCCAGGAAGGCCUUGUGGAUCUUGACUCAGGUGGAGCAGGAGCCUCUGCUCAACCUGGACCAGCUCAAUCCCGACUUGCCGACACACUCCGACACAAUGGCUCUUGUGCACAGCCUGCGGCGCAGGCUGCGGAUACUGGGCGAGUACCUGCUCACUUGCCGCAGCGGACCCCGCAAGAUGCUCCAAGCCAGGAUGGAGCAGCGAACCUACUUGCUGGAGUCCAGCGGCCUGUACAGCGUGAAGGACCUGCGGGAGAUUGCCGAAAACCAGUACACCCCCUUUUUGGCGUCACUGUGCCAUUUCGCCAGCAGCCACGUUUUCAGCUGCAACCUGUGCACACAGCGGGGCUUCAUCUGCCAGAUGUGCCACAGUGACGACAUCAUUUUCCCCUUCCAGCUCGACAGCACCGCCAGGUGCAAGGAGUGCAAGGCGGUGUUUCAUCGGACCUGCAUGGUGCCGGGCACCUGUUGUCCUCGUUGCCUGCGGAUGAGGAAGUAUCUGGAGAGGGACCUGCAGGAUUGAGGGAGGCCAUUGACGCGUGUCGUUGUUCUUCCCCUGGAGGAGCAAUCAAAAAUCAUGCAACCUCAAGUGCAAUUGUUAUUAUGAGUGAAAGUGACAGAAGGACUGAACCUAAUUUAUUGACUUGCGCAGCCACAGCGAAUCUUCAUCAUGAGAAUCCCCCUCCCUUUUUUUAGGGCUCCAUUAGUCUUACAGGACAAGUUGUUGACAGUUUCACAUGCAAAAAAUCAGUGACAUUA